AUGGCCUACGUCGCCCCGGUCCACAAGCCCACCAGCAUCCGCCAUGCGCUGCGCAUCCGAUUUCUCUCCCCCCAUCACGAGGACCUCGUGCUGGCCAAGGCCAAUCGACUCGAGAUAUGGCGUCUCACCGACGAUGGCAUCACCUGCCUCCACACCAAGCUCAUCUACGGCACCAUCUCCAUGCUCCAACGCCUGCAGCCCAAAGACCUCGACAUCGACCUGCUCUUUAUCGGCACCGAUCGACUGCAGUACUUCAACGUGGCAUGGAACCCCGAGACAAACCAGCUCGAUACCGUCGAGCAGACGAUAGAAGACACCGCCGAGCAGUAUAUGCGCCACUCCCAGAGCCAAAACAAGUGUCUUGUCGACCCUACGGGCAAGUUCAUGGCCAUGCACCUGUGGGAGGGAGUCUUGAACGUCUUCCGGCUGCCUACCCGCAAGGGCGUCACCACAAAACUCGUCGCCCUCGACCAGGUCCGCCUCACCGAGCUGUGGAUGAAGGCCAGCACCUUUCUCCAUAGCCGCACUGGCCACCCGAGGAUCGCAUUCCUCUACAAGACGCAGCUCGACCAUGAAGAGGCCCGAAUCGCCGUCUACAGGCUCACAAAGGACGACAGGGGGAACGACGUCUCCAAGUUUGAUCCCCACAAGGAACGGGAGCUCGACCACGUCAUCCCCGAUCCCUAUGCGUCCAUGCUCAUUCCCGUACCCAUCGUUGAAGAAAAGCGAUACCACGUGCGCAACAACGAGGGAACCCGUGCCCAUCUGGGCGGGGUUCUAGUCGUCGGCGAAACGCUCCUGACCUACUUCGACAGUCUUACCUACUCGAGCGUGUCCUCGGCGCUUCAAGAACCAAAAAUCUACGUUGCCUAUGCCGAUUACAAUGGCAUUCACUACUUUCUCGCCGACGACUACGGACGCAUGGACAUACUGACAAUCCAGACAACGGUGGAAUCAACCGGCGUAGUCGUGACCGGCAUGGCUGUGUCUCCCAUGAAAUACCAGGACUCGCCCAUCUUGACCUCUCGAGCCUCUAGCCUCGUGUACAUGGGCAACAACACUCUCUUUCUGGCCUCGCACCAUGGUGACUCUCAGCUCUUCCGCGUUGACGUGGAGUCUGAAACCAUGUUUUUGGUCAAAACCUUGUCCAACAAUGCGCCCAUUCUCGACUUCGCCAUCAUGGACAUGGGCAACAGAGAGGGUGACAGCCAGCUCGGCAAUGCCUUCUCGUCAGGUCAGGCGAGGAUUGUCGCUGGCUGUGGCGCAUACCGCGACGGGAGCUUGCGCAGUAUCCGCAGCGGUGUGGGCCUCGACGACCAGGGCAUUCUCGACGAGAUCCAGGGGACCCGGGGGCUUUUCACCCUCCGGUCGUACGGCGCCGAAGAGGUGGACACUAUCGUGUUGUCGUUCAUUGCCGAGACGAGAGUCUUGAGAUUCGAUCGACAUGGCGGUAUAGAAGAAGUCUAUGCCUUCCAGGGCUUGGAGCUGGAUAGGGAGACGCUUCUGGCGACAGACCUGUCCAACGGUCAAGUGCUUCAGAUCACGCCCCAAUCGGUGACACUGCUCGACUCGGAGGCCGGCAUUGCGGUAAGCACUUGGCAAGCCCCUCAGAGCAAGACCAUUACUGCCGCAUCGGCCAACUCCAAGUGGGCAUUGCUAGCUGUCGACGGCUCGACCCUGGUGUCGCUCAAUCUUUUCGGCGACUUGGCUGCAACCACUAAGGAGGCGGCGCUCGAUCCAACGACGGGGCUGUCGGAUCAGAUAUCGUGCCUACAUGCCGCUCGAGAGCCACAAGACUUCGGUGUGGUCGGUUGGUGGUCGUCCGGCACCAUCUCGGUCGUCGACCUUGCUUCGCUAAAGCCGAUCCACGGCGAGUCGCUGCGGGAGACCGAGGACAGCGCGUCCGUGCCACGGGACAUUGUGCUCAUCCAGCUUCAUCCACCCAGUGUGGCGGGACCAACCCUCUUGGUUGCCAUGGAGGACGGCAACGUCGUCACUUUCAACGUGUCUGUCAAAGGCUUUGCCAUAUCUGGUCGGAAAAGCGUGAUUCUGGGCAGCAGCCCGGCGAGGCUGCAUGUUCUCCCACAAGACGACGGCACGUGCAACGUUUUUGCCACGACGGAGCACGCCAGUCUCAUUUACAGCGCAGAGGGGAGAAUCAUAUACUCGGCAACUACGGCAGACGAUGCAACGUAUGUGGCACCGUUUGACUCGGCAGCGUUCCCAGACUCGAUAGUGCUGUCGACGGACGGACAUGUGCGGCUCUGUCACAUUGACAAAGAGCGUCUCACCCACGUCAAGGCCCUGCCGGUGCAAGAGACGGUGCGCCGAGUCGCCUACUCACCCGGGUUGAAGGCCUUUGGCCUCGGCUGCAUCAAGAAGGAGCUGGUACAAAACGAGGAGAUAAUCACGAGUGCGUUCAAGCUGGUCGACGAAAUCAUCUUCCAGGAGCUGGGCAAGCCGUUAGUGCUGAAUGCCUCUACGUCUCUGGAGAUGGUGGAGUGCGUGAUACGGGCGGAACUGCCGGACAGCAGCGGUGCUCUUGCGGAGCGAUUCAUCGUGGGGACGAGCUUCAUCGCCGACGACGAUGCGGUGGAGGAUGGAGACACUCGAGGCCGUAUACUGGUUCUCGGGGUGGGGGAGGACCGGCAGGUGUACCAGAUUGUGUCUCACGACUUGAAAGGUGCAUGCCGCUGCCUCGGCGUCAUUGGCGAAAGAAUCGUGGCCGGCCUGUCCAAGACGGUCGUCGUCUACAGCUACAGCGAGGACACCACCGUGUCUGGCUCGUUGCAAAAGGUUGCGGCGUACCGGCUAGCAUCUUUCCCAGUCGACCUGGACGUGUCGGGAAACAUGAUUGGCGUCGUUGACCUGAUGCAGUCUCUUUCCUUGGUCGAGUUUAUCCCACCGCUCGACGGGGCCCGAGCCAAGCUUGAAGAGCGGGCGCGGCACUAUCAGCCCGCUUGGGCGACUUCAGUGUGCCACCUGGACGAGAACAGAUGGCUCGAGGCGGAUGCACAAGGAAACAUCGUCGUGUUGAGGAGAAACAUGGAAGCACCCACAGAGCAGGACCGGAGCCGGCUUGAAGUGACGAGUGAGAUGAACAUCGGGGAGCAGAUUAACCGAAUGCGGAGACUACACGUCGCGUCCACCGAGAACGCCGUAGUAUAUCCCAAGGCAUUCCUCGGAUCGGUCGACGGAACGCUAUACCUCUUUGGCGAUAUAUCUCCACAGUACCAAGAUCUCCUCAUGACGUUCCAGGCGAGGCUUCAAGAGUACAUUUACGCGCCAGGAAACAUCCAUUUCGACGUGUGGCGAGCGUUUCGGAACCAGGCACGAGAAGGAGACGGGCCGUACCGGUUCGUGGAUGGGGAGAUGGUGGAGAGGUUUUUGGAUCUGGACGAGGCGAAGCAGGAACUUGUCUGUGAAGGACUUGGGCCGAGCGUCGAAGACAUGAGGAACAUGAUUGAAGAGCUGCGACGGAUGCAUUGA